CUCGAACAGAUAAAAAUAAACUCAGACCUAAUCCACGGCCGGCACUGGUAGUCCAUAAGCAGGACGAUGGUGGAGCUGAAGACUCGGCUUGGGCGCACGAUAUUUCUCCACUGAACGCAGUCACCCACGUCAUCUUCUCACGCUGUAUAACCAUUCUGCUCGAUCCUUGUCUGUUUCAAAUGCCUCACUAUGCCGAGCCGACAUUCGCUCAUAUUCUCCCCCCUAGCUGGAAGGAACAAGUGAUUGGCUGGCUAAAGGAGGAUACUCCUUCCUUUGAUUGGGGUGGUUACGUCGUUGGGGAGGUGCAUCGUGAAGCCUACCUGUUUGGCAAGGGUAAAAUACCAGCCGUGCUAGCGGGAGUACCCUUUUGCGAUGAGGUAUUUCGAUACCUUGGGUGUCAUGUAGAAUGGCAUAUGUGUGAAGGGGACAUCUUCGAGCCGAUCAAACACGUCGCCACAGUCAGCGGACCUGCGCGUCAGUUAUUGUUAGGAGAGCGUGUCGCUCUGAACCUUCUUGCAAGGUGUAGCGGCAUUGCCACCAAAUCCCGGCGGUUCAAGGCUAUUGCAGAUGAGAACGGUUUCAGAGGGAUCAUUGCGGGCACGAGAAAAACUACACCAGGCUUCCGUUUGAUCGAGAAGUAUGGUAUGCUUGUUGGCGGGAUUGAUGGUCAUCGCACAGACCUUUCGAGUAUGGUCAUGCUCAAAGAUAAUCACAUAUGGUCCUCCGGAUCUAUCACUAGGGCCAUUCAGCAGACUCGACGCGUUUCAGGCUUCUCUGUCCUCAUCGAUGUCGAGGGCCGGGAGUUACUCGAUGUAGCACAAGGACUCAAGGAGCGAUGGUCGGGGAAACGGAAGUUUUUACUAGAGACCAGUGGUGGGAUCGAGGAAAGCAACCUCCGAUCCAGGGCUGUGAAUCCCAUUGACAUCCUGAGCACAAGUGCCGUACAUCAGACUGUGCAACACAUAGAUUUUAGUCUGAAAAUUCAGAUCCCAAAACCUAUCGUAGAACGAGCAUAGUGGGUUCCAAGAGCUAAUUAGCUGCAAACACA